AUGAAUGAAUGUCGUCCACAUGCAUACAUGUUCAUCAACAAGAAUGCCAUGACACGUGUCCUUGAAAACGCAUGUGAAGGAGGAAAAUGUGAAUCUCAUAAUCAUGAUAAGAAAUUAUGCAAUGAAUUGAGAAACUAUAUAAGUGACAAGAGUUUGAGACAAAAUAUAUUAUUAGCAUUUGAUCAAAACCUAAAACAACACUUGAUUUUCACAAACAAACACUUUAGUACAAGAAUCAAGAUGGACUCCCAAAACAUGAGCUACAAAGCUGGACAAGCCAAGGGUGAAGCUCAGGAAAAGACGAACACCAUGAUGGACAAGGCUUCCAAUGCUGCUCAAUCUGCUCAAGAAUCCUUGCAAGAGGUUGGAAACCAAAUGCAGGCUAAAGCACAAGAAGCUGCUGAGGCUGUGAAGAAUGCAACAGGGAUGAACAACAACAAAUGAAGAUGAAUGGAUCUUUUUAGUUUCUCUUCAAAUAAACCCUGUUGUGCUGAUGCAUGUAUUUUACAGGAAUAUUAUUUCAUUCUUUUUCAAAUGUAAUUGCUUUCU